AUCGGUUGAGUACAAACAUAACAGGGAUAAAGUAAAAAAGCUAUACUCUCCUUGUACAUUGCCAUUUGUCCAUGUAACAGAUGUCCCCAAAGUGGCAGUAAGCAGUCUAAAGAACAAGCUGCAGUCUGGCAUUCUAGAGAAAAAAACAAAAAAAGUUGUUGCAGCUUUAAGAUCUUGGGAAUCACGAUACUGUGUUGUCAAUGGAAACAUUUUCUACAUCUACAAGAAACAGACAGACACCAAGCAAAAAGAGGCCUUUUAUCUGACAGGUUAUGAAUUCCGUGAAGCUCCAAAUCUGGAAAAAGACAAUGCAAAGAAAGAAAUGUGUUUUGAACUUGUCAAACCAGGCAGCCCAACUUACCAGUUUAGAGCUGGCAGCAAAAGAUGGAAUGAAAGAGUGGCAAGAUUCAAUCACAAAAGGAAUCCAGUUGACUUCAAAGGUUGGUGACAACGGAGAGCUUUAUGAGGAUGUGGGUCAAGAAGAACAAGAAAGUGGGACUGGCAGCUUCCCUCCACCACCUGAUGAUAUAUUCACAGACCCUGAUGAUAUUUAUGAAGAAACACAGGAUGUAGAAGAAAUAAAAGAGGUUAAACCUCAGCUUAGAAAUCCACCACCACCUCUUCCACCACCAAAAGUAAGAGACGAGCCAGAAGAAGUGUACGAUGAUUGCAGCUCUGAACUGGCACCUGUCAGUGGACCAAAAGAAAAAGAAAUCUUACAACCACCACAAACUCAGGGAUUAAGAGCUAAAGAUCAAGCUGCUCCCCCACUGCCACAAGAUGUGCCUCCAGUCCCUACCAGAGUGCCACCAAAAGCAGAGUUACCUGCUCUUCCCACACUCCCGCCUCCUCCUCUUCCAGACAGACGCCCCAACACUGCCGAACAACGCCCCAGCAUUGCCGAACAAACUCUUCCCUUGCCUAGCAGUCCUCCCCCUCUUCCUGUCAGAAAUGCUUCAGCACCUGUAGCCAGAGUUCCCAAACUACGCAAACCAUUUGUAUUCGGGAGGAGGAUUUUGAGCACAUUUACUUUGGCAAGUGGGAUUGUUCUGCAGAUGCAAGUACAGAGUGUCCUUUUAAACAAGGGACUUAAUCCACAUACUAAGUCAAGAUUAUGAUACUGAGAACUGGGGUAGGUGAACUAGAGGGAAGAUUGGUCUGGUGCCCAAGAGUAUCUGAGUCCUGCUUAUGAACUGGUAUGUUGAAACACUUGGUAUGUAAAGAGUUAACAGAACAUUCUGCUGCUGCAGUGCAGAUUUGAGCUGAGUCAUUCACUGUACUGUUGUGACAAAAUACCAUUCUGAUCCUGAGCCUUAGGUACAUAUUGUAUAUUUGCAUUAACUUCUUACAGCAUUCAUUAAAUUGUACACCUUGCAACAGAUUUCUAAUAACAAAACACAUUCAUAUUCUUGUAAGGAGCUGGUAGCUACUAAAUCUGGAGCAUACUUUUUCUCCAAGCACCAUUAAUUUUGCUGCAUACUGUGACUGCAUUUUUACACAGUAGCAUACUUUGUAUAUUUACACUGCUACACAGUAGCAGAAGCUAUCCUUUUUCUACAAUUCUGGUAAGAUGAUUUGAACAUU